CUGCCGCUCUGGGAGCUGCUGGACAAGGAUGAGACCAACGAGACCAAGGCCAUGUUCGGCAUCUCCCUGGUGACAGAUGCCACCCUAAAACGCUUCGGGGUUCGUUAUCUGAGGACUGCCAAGUCGCUCGUCUUCCCCUGGUUCAGCCCCCGCGAUGCGACCUUGAGGGGCCUGAAGCUCCUGAGGGUUGAGAAGAAGGGGGACGCGGUAGCUUACGUGGAAGAGACUUUACCCCGCUUCGAUUCCUAUCGCAAUCUCUUUGGGCUGCCCCUGGUCAGCCGCCGGGACACAGAGCUGGUCUUGACUGGGUGGGAGCUGGACGCCAUGGCCCUGCACCAAGCGACGGGGGUGGCCAGCCUUGCCCUGCCCCGGGGGGCCACCUGCCUGCCCCCUGCCCUCCUCCCUUCCCUGGAGCAGUUCAAGCGCAUCACCCUGUGGCCGGGCGAGGGCCUGCGCUCCUGGGAAGCCGCCAAGCUCUUUGCUCGGAAGCUGAACCUCAAGCGCUGCUCCCUGGUGCGCCCCGGCAACCUCCAGCCCCGGCCUUUGGAGGCUCUGAACCAGGGCCUGAACCUCACCAAGAUCCUGCGUGCCGCCCUGCCCGCCAGCCACAAAUCCAUCGUCUCCUUCCGGCAGCUGCGCGAGGAGGUAUUUGGGGAGCUGGUCAACACCGAGCAGGUGGCCGGCGUCAAGUGGGCGCGCUUCCCCGAGCUCAACAAGCUCCUCAAAGGGCACCGCAGAGGGGAGCUCACCGUCUUCACAGGCCCGACGGGCAGCGGGAAGACGACGUUUAUCAGCGAGUACGCGCUGGACCUGUGCAUGCAGGGGGUGUGCACGCUGUGGGGCAGCUUCGAGAUCAACAACGUCCGCCUGGCCAAGAUCAUGCUGACGCAGUUUGCCGCCCAGCGCCUGGAGGAGCAGCUGGAGCUGUACGAUGAGUGGGCUGACCGCUUCGAGGACCUCCCGCUCUACUUCAUGACCUUCCACGGCCAGCAGAACAUCAAGACAGUGAUUGACACCAUGCAGCAUGCCGUCUACAUGUAUGACAUCACCCACGUGGUCGUCGACAAUCUCCAGUUCAUGAUGGGACACGAGCACCUCUCUGUGGACAGGUAG